AUGCAUGCCAAAGUAUUAUUAUUCUUUACGUUAUAUGUAAUUGCUCUUUGUCUUUGGCUCAUGCCAACUGGUACCGAAGCAUAUCCUAAUUAUCCACGUAAUGGUCAUAAAAGAUGUCCACCAACAUGUUCAAUGUAUUGUCAAUGUGGUCAUGUUCUUGAUGCAAAUGAUUGUCCAAUUUGUCGUUGUCGACCAUCAAAUAUUUGUACAGGAAGACAUCCAAAUGCUCAUCCAAGACAUCGUCAAGGUUAUGGUAAAUCACAAAUUCUCUAUUGA